AUGGAACAAGAAAAAUUAAUACAUGAUAUUAGUGAUCGUAAAUCCACGGAAAGUUAUGAUGACCUUGUCGUCAUGGAAAUCUCUGAUCAGAUUAAAUUCGAAAAGCAAUUAUUAAGAAAGAUAGAUUUUAGAUUAUUACCUAUAAUUCUCGCUUCUUUUUUCGUCGCUUGUUUGGAUCGAAGUAAUAUUGGUAACGCUCGACUUGCAGGUAUAGAAAAGGAUUUAAAAAUGAACGAUCAACAAUUUCAAAUUGUUCUCGCAAUGUUUUUUGUGGGAGAAGUGACAAUGAAAAUUCCAUCAAAUCUUUUAUUGCAUAAAUUCACACCAUCCGUAUGGAUCCCAUUCAUAAUGUUUUUAUGGUCCAUUACAACAUGUUGUAUGUCUUUCGUUGAAAACUUUGAAGAAUUAUGCUUUACACGUUUAUUUUUAGGGUUAACAGAAGCUGGUAUGUUACCAGGAGUAAUGUACUUGUUAAGUAUGUGGUAUAAUCCUGAAGAUUUGGCAACACGUCUUACAAUCUUUUAUUGCGGAGGAGCUCUUGCAGGAGCAUUUGGUGGAUUUAUUUCAUUUGUAGUUACAGGAAAUAUGAACGGAAUCUUGGGAAUGGAAGGAUGGAGAUGGUUAUUACUCAUUGAAGGAAUAUGUUCAUUAUUUAUUUCAAUAAUCGCUUAUUUCUUACUUCCAGAUUUUCCAUCAAGAGCAAAAUUCCUUACAACAAACGAACGAAAUUUAAUUCUUAAUCGAUUAGAAACUCCAAAUAAUGGAUCAUAUGAAAAUGAUAAUAGAUCUUCUAAAGAAUUUUCAAAAGAUGGAAUUAUACUUGCAUUUUCAGAUUGGAAAACUUAUUAUAUGAUGAUAAUGAAAACUUUUAGUGGAGUUGUAUUAAAUUCUAUAGCUUUACAUUUACCAAUAUUAAUUAAUUCAAUGAUAAAUGAUACAUUAAAAAGUCAAAUUUUAACGGUCCCUCCUUAUAUAUUCGCAUGUGGAUUUUCUUUAUUAAUGGCUUUACAUUCCGAUAAAACUAAAGAACGUCCAAUUCAUCUUUCAAUAGCUGCUAUUAUAAGUUUAAUAGGAUUUAUAAUUUUAGGAACUUCUAAUGAUAUCGUUGUAUCUUAUCUUGCAACAUUUUUAUGUACAUCAGGAUUAUGGAGUCUUUCCCCAAUCUUAUUAACUUGGAUAACAGAUAUUUUUGCUUUCCCAAAAGAAAAACGUUUGGUUGCUCAAGCAAUGGUUCUUACUCUUUCUAAUCUAUCAGGUAUAAUAUCAUCGAACCUUUAUCCAAAAAGUGAUGGACCAACCUAUUUUUUUGGAAACAUUUUUAAUGCGUCCUUACUUGGAUUGGUCAUAUUACUUGCCAUCAUAAUGCGUUAUAUACUAAAACGAACAAAUUGUUGA